AUGUCACAACCAUCUUAUAAGGAUAUUGGAAAAUCAGCUAAUGAUCUUAUCAAUAAAGGAUAUAAUAUUGAUGCAUUCAAAAUUGAUAUAAAAAAUAUAAAUAAGUCGCAUGAAUUUAAUACUUCAACAACUCAUAAUUUUAAAUCUAAUGUUCUUGAAUCUGAUAUUAAGUUUAAAUAUAAAUUACCUCAACAAAAAACAAUUUUUUCUGGAAAAUGGACUUCUAAUAAUGUCUUUACAACAAGUUUAGAAAUAUUUGAUCAUAUUAUUAAAGGCUUAUCCGUCUGUAUGGAAUCAAGUUUUAAUUUUAUAAAUUAUAAUCGUUCUUCAACCUUUAAAGCUGAAUAUAUUACACCAUCAUACAGUUUUAGUAAUAAAAUAAAUUUAAUUGGUAAUCCAAUAUUAGAUUCUUCUAUUGUUGUUGGCAAUAAAGAAAGUGUAGCUGGUAUAAAAGUUAUAACUGAUAUCAAUAAUAAAGAAUUAAAGUCAUGCAAUUUUUGUGUAUCAAGAACUGAUACUAAUUUUGAAAUUAAUGGUUUUUUAAAAAAUAGUAUUUUUUUUGGUGGAUCAUUUAUUUAUAAUUUUUUACCAAAUUUAAAAAUAGGAGGUGAAUUAUUAAUAAGUCAAAAUGAAAAGAUAUCUUCUUAUUGUGUUGCAUCUAAAUAUAAUCCUUCACAAGAUUUAUCCAUUAAAACAAAAAUUAAUAAUGAAUCACGUAUUUAUGUUGCUAUUAAACAUAAGAUAACAUCAUCACUAUCAUUAAUGGGAACCACUCAUUUUUCUCUUUUCUCGUCAAAUUAUAAAUCACCAAAGAUAGGCUUUUGUAUUGAAUAUUCUACAUAA